AUCAGUCUUUAAAGAGUAAAAUAUGGUGCCCAAUCUGCAAGAGAGGAGAACUCAAGGAGACCCAUCAUCUCAUACAUUGUACAGACUGCAUGUUGCAGCUUGACUUGGAGAAUGAUAAGGUGAAUCUUGAGUUCCUGAGGGCAAGAUUGGCUGAAGUACACAUGGAACAUCUUGACAGAGGGUGCAGAGCAUUGCCAGAGUUCUGUAUGGAGACCCGGUUUGAUCUAACUGCUUUGUACAUUCGAUGCAUAGCUUGCGGCACAUUUGAGAUUGUAUUAUAGACUUUAUUGAUAUGUGGUUUAAUCAUUUUGACAAACUAUUUUUUUAAAAAAUAGGUGUUAAGCAGUAGUACCUUCUAUGAUUUUGAGGUGUAAAAUUGAACGAUUAGUGUUAGAAAACGGGUGGAGGAUAUUGUGGGGAUUAUUUUCACCUUCUAUUUAUUUGUAGUUUUUUGAAAUGGAAGUUUAUAGC